UACGCAUUUCUGCAUUUGCCGUUAGUGCAGCGGUUGUCAAACUGUGUAUAAAUAUAUCGAUAGUGAUAGGCACACGGUGCUAGUGAAGUGAAGGACUUUAUCGAUAAAAAAUGAAGAGCUUUUUAAUAACUGUUUUGCUUGUCGGGAUCGUAAGAUCGAUGGAGAUUGAGAAUGAGAUGUCAACAUCCGAAGAAACGCUUAAGCGUGGUCUCACAAACAAAUGCGCGUCACGGGAAACGUCCUCGUGUAUCGCAGUCGAGCUCGUUGGAUAUGUUGACAGAAUGUUGAGAACCGCUGCCUUCCAACUGUCCGAUGACCUGAUGAUUAUUGAUGAGAGUAACGGUGCCGCAGCAGAAAUGCCAAUUAGGCCAGAGACUUUGGCACGAGCUGGCAACACAUUAGAAGACCAGGCGCAGCAGGUCAUCUUAGACAAGCUCUGGAACUUCGCCACAACUCGUUCGCUGAGAUACAGACUCCUGGAUAAUGCUGAUGUUGUGAUCGCUGGAAAGAAGGAAAAGGAUGGCAGCUUGGGUGUUGGAGUAUCAAUGAAAGCCCACAAAUCAGUUGAGACUGGAAGAGCCAGGAAUAAGAACAUGGGACCAUUCCUAGCAGCUGCCGCAAUGAAGUUUGGUCUCCUCGGAGCUUUGACGUUCAAGGGCCUAUACUUGAUGGUUGGGAAGGCCCUUCUGAUCUCCAAGAUCGCUCUCCUCCUUGCCACGAUCAUCGGCUUGAAGAAACUUUUCUCUCCUCAGGCUAUCAUCAAAAAGGACUAAAUCAUAUUGGUGAAUGGGUCCUGACGGAGUAUCAUUAACCCCCAAGGUUUAACCUCCAACUAACAAAGAAACAGCUGAUAAAAUGACAAAGCUAACAAUCAACUAUAACUACAGCUAAAUUAGAUAAGGUAACAAAAGGCACAUUCGGUCAACAAAUGCCUUUAUAGUCACAGUUAUUUCUAACUUUGUCAAAGUAAACGAAUCGGUAAUGAUUGUAAAUAAUUUUUAUUUAUUUAUUUAUAUACUUAUACUACCCUGUACAGUAGCUGAUAACGCAUUUAUAAAAAAAAAAAUAACCUGAGCGGUUGCUUGGUAAAUAAUAAUUUAAUAAUUUAUUUAAUUAAUAUACUAAUGUUUAUUUAUUGUGGAUUAAAUGGAAUAUUCACUUAUAA